AUGGCUACAUUCAUCGUGGACUCGCAUGUUCACCUCUUUCCAGCUUCGCAUCUCCCGACCCUCGCCUGGUACGAACCCAAUAGCCCACUCGGAUCGCAGCACAGCGUCGACGAAUACCGACAUGCGGCAUCCUCCGCUCUCAAGCCAAGAGAAACUAACAACACGAAAUUACUCCGGGGAUUUAUCUUUUUAGAGACCGAUCGAAUCUCAUCCGUAGCAGAUGGCCAGCCUGGUAGUCUGGGUUGGAGCCAUGCGUUGGACGAGGUCUCACUCUUGACACGAAUCGCUCUCGGUGAGCCAAUUCCAGGCGAGGGACACAAUGCUGUGGACCGAGAUCUCUGUUUGGGCAUUGUCCCGUGGGCACCGGUUCCUGGUGGCACCGAAACCCUACGGUCAUACAUGGCGAAGGUCAAGGAGCGAACCAUGACGGAGGAGGUUUGGCGCAAAAUUUGCGGAGUCCGAUAUCUAGUCCAAGACAAACCGGCAGGGGUGAUGACUGAACCUGGGUUUAUUGAAGGUCUACGCUGGCUUGGAGAACAGAAUCUGGCAUUUGACCUUGGGGUAGAUGCCAGACAAGGUGGGCUGGGCCAAUUACGCGAGGCUGUUGAGAUGAUGGACAAGCUGGGAAACGACAGUUCCGUCGUCAUAAUUAUCAAUCAUCUAUGCAAGCCGAAUCUCCGGCUUCCGCCCAGCGCAAUCCCGACCCAUGCCGAGUUCCUCGAGUGGAAGCAUUUGGUUACACGAAUGGCCCAGGCGAACAAUAAGAGCUACAUGAAGCUGUCCGGGGCAUUUUCAGAGCUUCCUCCACUAACAGCAGACGUCGAGCCCGAUGUUUCGGGCUUGGUCGAUCGCCUCCAGCCCUGGACAGAUGUAAUAUUUGAUGUGUUUGGCGCCAAUCGGGUCAUGUUCGGGUCAGAUUGGCCGGUAUGCAAUGUCGGUGGUGGCGGCAACAAUGUCUCCUGGAAUCGAUGGAGGACUGUGGUUGAGGGUAUUCUGGACCGGCGAGGACUGACAGCCGCACAGAAGCAAGGCAUUUGGGGCCAAGUUGCUGUAAAGGCCUAUGGAAUUGACGGGAUUGGCAUUUGA